ACAAAAGAGAGUCGAGCACUUAUCAUAAUCAUCUCAUAAAACAAACCACUUCAUCAGAUUAAACACAAAACAAAACCAACCCUUCCUUAGACAAUGGCAGCAUAUCUCUCCCUACCCGCAUUCGAAGUCCUGAUCGACUCGGUAGAAAAUGACCCCACAUGCACAAACGCAAUCAAAGCUCUAACCAACGGCAUCCUAAAUUACUAUUUCCCCAUCACGGACGGGUGGAUCGUGGCCCCCGAGGCCAAAAAAGAUACGAUCGGGGAGUUUAUGGUGUUUCGCGUCAAGCGGCGAUAUCCUGGUGGUCGGAGCUUUGUUGAUCAUAUUGUCGCUGAAGCAAGGAAGGCGGUUGAUGGUUCUUUCGAUCAGAUGAGAUUAGCUCUGGAGAAGUCUAGCCCUGAAGCUGGGCGGUGCUGGGGUGUUUAUUUCCACGGUGUCAAUGUUGAGUUUUUUGAAUAUCAUAGGGAUAUUCAGGGGCUGAUUCCAUGGUGUCUGGCGCAGCCAACGAGGAAGGUAUUUCAUGUGCGAAAUGAUAGUCGGGUAGUUGAUGAAAUGAUGCGAUGUAUGAGUCAACAAGCUCGUGAGUCUACUAUGUCACUAGUAUUUUAGAAUGAGGUUGUUAGG